GACUCCCAUGCAGGUCAGUCAGAUGUUGUCAUACCGUUGGAUACCGAAUUCAACAAGCUCCUACGACAAAGCUGCAUACACAGGGGCUGCUCAGCGGAUCCUAUUCCGAAAUUUACCAAGUAGUGAGAUAGCCAGCCAGUCUGUCUGUGGGGAUCACUCAACAGGAUGGGGGGAUUCUGUCAUGGACAGCCUCUGUGGGAUACAAAUCUAACAUGGUACAACACUUGGCCGCAGUUUACCAGCUGCUUCCAAGACACGCUCCUAGUGUGGUUGCCAUGUGGCUGGUUGUGGCUGCUGUCACCAUUUUAUGUGUACUACCUCACAUUGCAAAGUGAUGAUGUCAUCAAAUUAAGCCAUUUAUUCCUUGCGAAGUUGUUCACAACUUGUCUGUUGAUGGUGACCACCCUUGUCAACAUGAUACAAGUUCUCAGUCGUCUCCAUGACAACCAGUCUCCUUCAUAUUUUACUGCUGACAUACUGUCCCCGAUCAUCCUCAUCUUCACAUUUCUGUUGUCCGGUGGCCUGUGUGUGCUGGAGCGAAAGAAAGGAUUCAUCACAUCGGGCGUGCAGUUCUUCCUGUGGCUGUUCCUGGUCCUCUCCGGGAUCAUCCCUUUCUACCACAUCAUCAUACAAAAGACAUGUUCAACAGAUAUCCUGAAGUGCUCCAUGUUCUACUGCUACUAUUUACUCCUUAUAGUACAACUAGUUCUACACUCAUUUGCAGAGAAAAGGGGGAAAACCUACAUAGCAACAUCUCCAGAGGUAGAUGCCUCUUUCUUAUCAAGGGUUCUAUAUGAGUGGACAGCAAGACUUGUUAUGAACGGCUACAAGACCCCUGUAAAGGAGAAUGAUGUGUAUGACCUUCAUCCAGAUGAUACCUGUAGAAAACUAAUGGAACCUUUCCUUCCCAACUGGCAUCAAGUGAAUGAAGAUUUUAAAGCAACAAAAAGGAAAACUGAGAAGCAAACAGACAACACCUAUGUCCGUUUCACCAACCAUCACUCAUUAGAUGAGACAACUCCACUCCUCUCACACAAUAUCGACUCUAAGAAGGCAGGCAAAGAGGAAACUGUAUCCACACCAUCAAAGAAGACCAACAAAUAUCCAUCUCUUUUGCGGGCCCUGGUGAAGACAUUUGGCAUCCCAGUGCUAAUCAGCCAUUUCCCCAAACUAGUUUAUGAUUUACUUCUUGUGUUUAAGCCACAGAUCCUGGGAGAGUUGGUAAGCUUCAUUGAAGACUCCAGUAUCCCGGCAUGGAAGGGAUAUGCCCUGGCUGUCGCCCUGUUUGCCUCGUCUGAGGUCCAGUCCCUCAUCAUACAGAGAGUCACAUAUGACGCUUUUAUUUAUGGAAUGAAGAUACGGGCAGUUCUAAUAUCGGUCAUCUUCAGGAAGUCUUUAACAAUGAACAACCAGGCCAAAAAGGACUCAACAGUUGGAGAGAUUGUCAACCUGAUGUCGGUAGACGCCAACAACAUCAACAUCCUGAUGACGUACCUGUUUUCCCUGUGGUCAAGCCCCCUCCAGAUCAUCCUGGCUCUCUUCUUCCUCUACCAGACGGUCGGCUAUGCCAUGUUUGCCGGGCUUGGCAUUAUUCUUCUCAUGAUGCCUUUCAAUGGUUUUAUCUUGGCCAAAGUGAACAGUCUGCAGGAAAGCAUGAUGGGCAGCAAGGACAAACGACUACGGGUGAUCAGUGAGGUGCUCAACGGGAUCAAAGUUCUGAAACUGUAUGCAUGGGAGGAGUCUUUUAGAGGAAAGAUUGAGAAAAUACGUAACAUGGAGAUUCACUACUUGUGGAAAAUUGCCCUGUACUUCUCUGCUGUUACCUUUUCAUGGACAGCAUCACCAUACUUUGUUGCCUUGGCGACACUAGUCGCAUAUGUGUUCAUCUCACCAUCUCACUACCUGGAUGCCAAAACUGCAUUUGUGGCAAUAACCUACUUCAAUGUCUUCAGGGUGGCCAUAAAUCUGGUUCCCAUGGUUGCUACAGAUAUUGUUCGAGCUAAAGUAUCCCUUGAGCGGAUUAGCAAGUUUCUGAGGCAUGAUGACCUAGAUGAAACAAGUAUUUCACACAGUCAGCACUUUGAUCAUGCAGUUACUAUGGAGAAUGCUUCUUUUACCUGGGAACCUGAGCUGGAUCCAUGGCUGCAAAAAAUCAACCUCAACAUCCCUGAAGGCAGCUUGGUGGCAGUGGUGGGUCAGGUGGGGGCGGGGAAGUCAUCCCUGAUGUCCGCCAUGCUGGGGGAGAUGGAGAAGGUGGAGGGAUUCGUCAACAUGAAGGGAAGUAUAGCCUAUGUUCCGCAACAAGCCUGGAUCCAGAACGAAACCCUGCAGAACAACAUCCUGUUUGGGAAGCCAAUGGAUAAAGAGCUAUAUGACAAAGUGGUCAGUGCCUGUGCUUUAAACAAAGAUCUGGAAAUAUUAUCAGGAGGAGACCAAACAGAAAUAGGAGAGAAGGGCAUCAACCUGAGUGGAGGACAGAAGCAGAGAGUGUCACUAGCCAGAGCUGUCUACAAUGAUGCUGAUAUCUACCUCCUGGAUGAUCCUCUCAGUGCUGUCGACAGCCAUGUUGGCAAACACAUCUUUCAGCACCUUGUAGGACAUGAUGGGUUGUUGAAAUCAAAGACACGAAUCCUGGUUACCCAUGGCGUGCACUGGCUGCCACAAGUGGACACAAUAAUUGUUCUGACCAAAGGCCAAAUCUCUGAGAUCGGAACAUAUGAGGAACUCAUGACUCACAAUGGUGCCUUUGCCCAGUUCCUGACUACCUAUCUCACUCAGCACAAUGAUGAAGACAGUGAAGGGGAGGAUGAGGAAGAUGAAGCCCAGGCAAUCAGGAAGGAUAUGUUGGAGCGACUCACAUCUGUGACAUCUGAGACUGAGACAUCAGGGGAUGAGAUGAUGAUGGGUCACAUCAUGAGCAGAAUCAGGAGGCAGUCAUCAAUGCUCAGUGAUGGACAAAAGAAGUAUGGUGAUAAGGUUGAUGCUCCCAAAGUAGGUCACCUCAUUGAGGAGGAGGAGGUCGAAGUUGGCACGAUUAAAUUCCAAGUGUUCCUGAGCUACUUAAAGGCGCUUGGUCUCUGGAACAUGGUAUUGGCCUUGUCCAUGUUCGUGUUGUACGAGGCCUUCCAGGUAUCGGGCCAGAUCUGGCUGAGUCAGUGGACAGACGAUGUCACCCUUGGCAACACCAGCCUGCUACCCAACAGCACGGAGAGGAGGCAGUACAAUGACUACUACAUGGGAAUAUAUGGCCUGUUUGGUGCAUUACAGGCUCUCUUCGUCCUUGGCUAUGCUUUCCUAAUUCACAUCCGAUCUGUGUAUGCCUCCCGCAUCCUACAUCACAAGAUGCUCACCAAUGUUCUUCGAGUACCUAUGUCCUUCUUUGACACUACCCCGAUUGGCCGCAUCUUGAACAGGUUCUCCCAGGACUGCGAUGUCAUGGACAACCAGCUGCCCAUCACCAUGGAGAUCUGGACCGAUUUAGUUGCCCGCUUUAUUGCAACAGUCAUCAUCAUCAGUUACAGCACUCCCAUAUUCCUUGCACCGAUUGUUCCUCUCUUCAUCCUGUAUGUGUUUAUCCAGAGAUUCUACGUGACAACAUCCAGACAGUUGAAGCGACUGGAGUUGAAGACACGAUCCCCAAUCUUCAGUCAGUUCAGCGAGACGUUGUCUGGAGUGAGCGUCAUCAGGGCAUACAAGGCCCAGGACAGAUUUAUCCUGGAGUCUGAGGCAAAGGUGGACAUGAACAACAGAUUUGUCUACAGCGGCAUUGCAGCCAGCAGGUGGGUCAGUGUCCGUAUGGAAUUCUUGGGGUCAAUUAUCGUCCUGCUGGCGGCUGUGCUGUCAGUGGCCACUCGGGACACAGUGACCGGAGGAGUUGUUGGACUCUCGCUGUCGUAUGCCACAGAGAUUCUAGGAGUCUUAACAUUCCUGACACGGCUGACAUCCGAGGUGGAGACGAUGAUAGUGUCAGUAGAGAGGAUACAGGAGUACACCCAGCUCAAGGAGGAGGCUGCUGCACGUAUUGAAGAAACAAGUCCCCCACACAGCUGGCCUCACGUUGGCGCCGUGACCUUCAACAACUACAGCACUCGUUAUCGACCCGGGUUGGACCUCAUCCUCAAGGACAUCAGUUUCUCUGUCAAUCCUGGAGAGAAGGUGGGCAUUGUGGGCAGGACAGGUGCUGGGAAGUCAUCUCUCACCCUGUCACUGUUCCGACUGAUCGAGGCGGCAGGAGGGGAGAUCGUCAUAGAUGGAGUUAGCAUUAACUCUCUUGGACUUCAUGAUCUCAGAGGCAAACUCACCAUACUCCCUCAGGACCCAGUGAUAUUCACAGGGAGUCUACGCUCCAACCUUGACCCCUUCAGUGAGUAUAGCGAUAAGGAGUUGUGGACAGUCCUGGAGCAGGCUCACCUGAAGCAGUUCAUACUGACGUUCCCAGACACCAUUCACCAUGAGUGUGGGGAGGAAGGGAGAGAACUCAGUGUUGGACAGAGACAGCUAGUAUGUCUGGCCAGAACUCUACUGAGGAACACCAAGAUCCUGGUUCUGGAUGAAGCUACAGCAGCCGUUGACAUGGAAACGGAUGACCUGAUCCAGCAGACCAUCAGGUCAGAGUUCAAGGACUGUACUGUGUUGACCAUCGCCCACAGACUCAACACAGUCAUGGACUAUGACAGGAUUCUGGUGCUGGAACAAGGCCGUGUUGCAGAGUACGACACUCCAGAGAAUCUGCUGCAACAACCAAACAGUAUCUUCUUCAAGAUGGCCAAGGAUGCUGGACUCGCACAGUGAUGUACAUCAGAUAUAACUACUGCAACCAAGGAUGCUGGACUCACACAGUGAUGUACCGGUACAUCAGAUAUAACUACUGCCACCAAGGAUGCUGGACUCACACAGUGAUGUACAUCAGAUAUAACUACUGAAACCAAGGAUGCAGGACAAACAGAGUGAUAGGAAUCACACAUCGAUGACUCCCACCAAGGAUGCAGGAUUCAUACAGGGAUGUACAUGACACACUGCCAAGUACAAAGGACAACCACUGUGAUACACAUCAGGAAUGAUGAAUCCCACCAAAGAUGCAGGAUGAACACAUGGAGUGUGUUUCAUGCAGAAUUGUCACCAUUGACUGUUGACACCAUGCAGAAAUCUGCCAUUGCAUAGUUUAUCAUAUGCAUAAUAUAUGUUUUUCAAAAUUCUAGAAGUUGGUUACUACAAUAGUAUCAGAGGAAGUAGUGGUGUUUGGUUAUAGGAAUUACAGGGAAUGUACUAUACAAGACCUUCUCAUGACCUGCAGUGCAUCCUUUCUCUCCAGGGUCCUUUUGCUCAGAACUAUCAUAGUUGCAAUCAAUCUUAUAUGCCUACAUUCAGUUCACAAUCACCAUACAAUUGUUGUAUCCCUAUUGCACAAGCCAGUCUUAGCGAAAUCGUAAGAUGGAAAGUUAAGACUGAAAUUGUCAACGGUAGAGGUAAGACAAUCUUAUCUACUUAAGAUUAGUCCGGACCAUUUGUAAAUUAAAUUUGGAAGUCAGUGGCAAUUGUAGUUGCAGGCUAUGAUCGCAAUCUUCAGGAUUUAAAUAAUUAUAGCACUAAGAUUCCUUUGUGGUUGUGGUCCCAUGGCACCGCUUCCAUCAACAUGCACUAUCUGCUGGACCAAUUCUGGUUGUUCUUGUAUUAUUCUCCCUUGAAUUUCACAAACGUUGAGGUAACAGGUAAGGGGGCGAAUCGUAAUGCAUAGAGACAAAGCCACCACCAAUUGUAAGGGACGUAAUAGUACUGUCCAUUAAUAGAUUUGUAAUAACUUUCUUUUGUGGGUCAUUCUUUUUUUGACUGUCUUGCAAACUCUGUCGUAGUCAAUGGGACUGGCCACCAUGUUGAUAUCACCAAUGCCAUACUGAGAUUGGUUUGUAUUAAGCAUUUUGAGAGGUUCAUUAAACUGAGUAGCAAAACAAAUUAAGUUGAUAAUUUGAAAUUGUGUGAACCAUUGGAAUGUAGUCAGAGAUUAGUGAUGGUGAGCUUUGCAUAUGUAGAGAUUGACAUGAAUGGUGACACUUGCAGACAGUUUUUGUGAAGAGGGCAUGGACUGCACCUUGCACUAGGAUACAUUGGCCUUGCUCUUCUGGGUUUUGAGCAUCAAGACUCAUUAGUCCCUGGUAUCAAUGUGCAAGCUUUAUUGUGUGAAAAUAUAUCAGGAAUCAGGUCUAUGAGCAUCCCAUACUAGUCUUGGGCUCCCUUUAGUAUCUCAUUAAAUAUUUAUGUUGUGAUGCUUGUAUGAAAACUUUCUGAAAAUGAACUUACAGUGUAUGACUUAUGUAUUUGUUGUGGUUAGACACACUACUAAGAACUUCCAAUGGAAAAGUAUCUUCAAGGAUGCUAAAGGUAAUGUAGGUUUCAAGAUGAUUCAUACUGAUGAUGCAAAAAGGGCAAUUUUUUGGAAUUAUGUUGUGACAAUAAUGAACAUGUGGAGAGAAUGCUGAAUGGUAUGUGAAAUGUGCUGCAAGCUUGUCAGCUGGGUAACAGAGUAUUACAAGGUCAGUCUUGACAGAUCUACUGCUGGUGCUAUAUAUAGACUCUAUGUUAUAACUCAAUCUCUUUAUUUAUCUAUAUAUUCAGUGUGUUUGGGAUAAAAAAUAAAUAUCACGAUGAGACCAGA